AUGUUACUCGACAUGGAGAACCACUCGGCUUUAUUAUCUCUGAACAUGUCCCCGUUCGACGCCAGCUCGGGCGACUCCCCCAUGGCCAACCAGGCGUCCAGCAGUCCGCUACCCCAGUACGGCUCGCCGCCCGUGUCAACCUCGUAUCCCAGCUGCCAACAGCCCUUGGGCAUGCAGCAGCACCAUCAUCAGCAAUCGAUGAUGAUGUCGCAGAGCAUGAGCACCCUUGACACGUCCUAUUUGUUCUCCUCAGGAGGCGGCUCGCUGUCGAGCAUGGACCUGGGGGCCGGGUACCAGAUCAGCGGCGGCCCGCCCAUGGCCUUGACGCCCACGGGCGAUACGCCCGACUCCAAGGACGGGAUCGAGGAGCUGUGCCCCGUAUGCGGGGAUAAAGUGUCCGGGUAUCACUACGGGCUGCUGACCUGCGAGUCUUGCAAGGGGUUCUUCAAGAGGACCGUGCAAAACAAGAAGGUGUACACGUGCGUGGCCGAGAGGAGUUGUCACAUUGAUAAGACGCAGAGGAAGCGGUGCCCCUUCUGCAGGUCGCGUACCUAA